GCGCAGCCGGCGCCGCCAUGGCCGCUCGGCGCGGCGAGAGGGACCCGCCGGACGCGCUGCAGAACCGCUUCCACGCCGAGCGCGCCAGCAAGGAGCGCCGCUGGCAGCUGCUCUUCACGCAGUACACCGUGAACCCCCUCCAUCCCGUUCACAUGGUUGCUAGGAAGCCAAUGUCUUGGCAUGAGAACAUACAGGAGCCGAUAGAUGAUGAAUUCCUGAAACUUCUUCACCGUGCAGCAGUGGUGCCAAGAGAGAAAUACUCAGAGCCACAAACUGAAAGCCAAGAAAUUGGCUGGCAUACAACACCUUUGGUGAGUAGGAUGCUUAAAGACUCAGCCCUUUACAGGAUUCAGAGAUGUUAUGCCUGCCACACUGAAAAAUACGCAUGCUGGAAAACAAUUUGUGACAAACAAGGAUAACAAGAAUUACAGAGAAUGAGCAGAGCUGUUCACAGAAAACAUGUUUUUAAAAUUUACACCUAAGAGGACUCUUCACACUGGCAGAGACUUGUGAACAGAGAAGCAAUACACUUCCCCUGAGAAACCUGACUGCAAAACAUCUACAGAGACAGUGACAGCACACUGCCAAAUGCCACAGGUGUACUCAGGGCUGUUUACUAAAGCGCUCAGCCAUCAGAAAUGGCACAGUGAGCAAUGCAAAGUGAUGUACAGAAGUACUGUGAAAAGAAACGUGCUGCUGCACAGCAUCUUUCAAAGAAAUUGCAAGCAGAACCAUAAAAUUAAUAAUCAUGUAAGUAUACCCAAAGCAGAUACACCAGUGAGGAUUCAUCUGGGGAAGUGUGAAUAAACAGAAGGAGAAGAAAUAUGAUUAACAAGCUGAGACAUCAAUCAUAUCUGGCAAACAGCUGUGAUGAUGACUGACUUUGCAGAUUAGCGUUUUGGGAAAGACAAAUUUCGGCCUGUUAUAAAGAAAACGAAGAUAAAUAAGAAAAUAAGACAGUCUUCAUUGACUUUUCAUAUUAUAUAUCAAGUAAACUAGUUAGUAAUGACAAGAGUGGAGACAGACAUCCCAGCUGGGCUCUAUGGUAUUAAGGAACUGCUGGUAGGAUUAGUCUGGCAAGGUAGAGGCAACUAAACUUGUGUGUAGGGAAGCAAGUUCCAUUCUUAAGAGUCAGAACUGAUGAUGUUGUUUAAUUUGUUAAGUUUUCCUUAUUCAGCAGGUGUGGAUGAGACAAAGCAGAGAACAGUACAGUGAUACCCUGCUCUUCUGUCAUUUGGACAUUUCUCAGCAGUGGAACGCCACGCAUCACUCCCCCCAGGAGGGACUCCUACUACUGGUUUUAGUAAAAACACAUGACUGUUUGUCAUUUUUGUUUCCCAGGUUCCUUUUGACCACAAUGAUACCAGAUUCUACUUCCCACGCCGGACAACUGAGAUUACCAUCCAUGGCUACCCUGCACCACGGGGAUAGAAGUCUAAAGACCAGGGGGAAAGCCACAGAUAGAAUGUUAAUGAUAUCUAAUGUGUUAGGUCCUGCUUGUAAUCUAGCAAGUCUGGCAGAUUUCUACUGAGAGACAAUAGAAAAGAGAACUUUAAUCUGUCCAGAUUUACAACCUGACAAGUGUCACAAAUAAACCUAUCUGUAAGGCUCUG